GUGUUAAACUUCAAGAGCUGUCAAUUAAGUAUAUAAAUAUAUUAAUCUGUGGUUGUUAAAAAGGUGACGAAAUGAAUUCCUAAUUUAUUUUACGCUGUGCACCUUUUUAUUUAAAUUUCAUUUCAGAAACAAAAUUAGCAAAAAAAUUCCAAAAUUGUAUACAAAGGAAACUAUGAUGAAUUUUUUUAGUAAAGCUCCAACCGUGAAGGAAAUUCAAAGGCAAAAUGACCGUGAUCUACGAAAGGCUGGUCGCGACCUGGAAAGAGAUAAAGCUAACCUGGAAAGGGAAGAAAAGAAAUUAGAAAUGGAAAUAAAGAAAAUGGCUAAAGAAGGUAACAAUGAUGGUUGCAAAAUAUUAGCCAAACAAUUAGUUCAAUUAAGAAAACAGAAAAACAGAAUUUAUGCUGCAAAUAGCAAGAUAUCAAGUGUACAGAUCCACAAUAAAGCAAUGGGUGCAAAUAUUGCUAUUGCAGGAGCAAUGGGCACUACAGCUAAAACAAUGGGCAACAUGAAUAAGGUUAUGAAUCCACAUCAAAUUGCAAAGGAUAUGGAGGCAUUCAAACAGGCAAAUGCCAAAAUGGAUAUGACAGAUGAAAUGAUUUCAGACACACUAGAUGAUAUCAUGGACGAAUCUGGUGAUGAGGAAGAAUCUGCUGGAAUUGUCAACCAGGUGCUGGAUGAGAUCGGUAUAGAAAUCAGCGGGAAGAUGGCAGACGCUCCUUCAGUUUCCCGGAACAAAAUCGGACAAUCAACUACAGACGCCGACAAAGAUAUAAUGGCACAACUCGCUAAACUGAAAUCCACAUAGCAUAGCAAUAAACUCGAUCAAAUCUAAAAUAUCGUAAAUUUGUGAGAUUUUAUGAUCACUCAACGCGAACAGAGCUGCUAAAAGUUAAAGACAUCAUAAAUCCCGGACCACAUUAUGGACAUACAAGUGCUUAAGAAUGAUAUUAUGCCGAUACCUAACACACUGAAAAACGAAUCAAAGUCAACAUUUCAAAUAUAAAAAUAUUUGUUGUAAAUACAUAUCGACGCUUGAAAGGCAAACGUGACUAAGCGACAAUAACUGCUUAAUACAUAAAUGAUAGGCAAUCACCAUAUUCGAUGCGCAAAAAAUAUAUAUUUCUAGGUCUAUUAAAAUAAUUUCAAUCCUACAGCUAGAUUCGAUAAAAUAUAAUUUUUUUCAGGUAUUUCAACUUUAAAUUAGUCUACUGUAAAGUUCACGCAUUGUCGCUUAGUCGCGUUUGCCUUUCAAGCGUCGAUAUGUACUGUGAGACCGCAUGGGAAAGCACUAAGAUUCCGCCUAUAUCUUCUACGAAGCAAUUAUGCGUUCCGCCUUAAAAGGUCAAUAAUAUAUUCCUUAUCAAAUUUAUUUGAGAUUAGCUUCUCGUCUAACAGUGGGUAGUAGCAAUCGCGUUGCGAUGUGGAUGCGCUCCGGGUCAUUGACAUCUAGUGAGAUUAAAAUAAGCAUUUUGUCGAAUAUCUAAGCAACAAAGAAAUCUUCAACGUUGUUUUUUUUUUCUUAAUGAAUUAAAGAGUAUUUGUAUUGUAUUUUUUUUAUUCGUUAUAAAAUUACUAAUAUUUAAAUUGCACAUAUAAGCUUAGUAAAGUAAAUUAAGUGCUUUUGUAUUUUAAUUUACAUUAAAGAAGCAUGUACGGAGCGGCGAAGGUAAAAUGUGGAAAAUUAUAAUUUCCCUGAUACGAUUCUCUUAAAUAUUACGAUACUAGAGUACAAAUGAUCUGACAGAAUUACGACGCCGACUGCGAGUUUUGUUUAUAAAAAAAACUAUAUUGAAUUUCCGUAUAAAUAAAACCUUUUUUUACAUACAAUGUUGAAUCUGUGAUGUAUCUUGUUUAUAUUAUAUUUAUUACACUGUG